GUAUCUAAUCCCCACCUCGAUCCAGCCAUGGUGGCUUCAGGGUGCUCUGGGAAGCUGCUGGGCUUCAAGGGAAGGCUUCUGCCUCGGCCCCUUUGUGAGACAGUGGAAGGCUGGCUGGGCGGGUUGCUCCAGCCAUGCUCUCCAGGCUGCUACCCCCUCCCCGUGACAGGGGUGUGGAACAAACCAAACAAGCAAAGGUUACAGCAGCAGUUCAGUCAGCAGCAACCUGCGAGGGAGAAAGGCUCCCGGGUGCUGAGCGCCACCACCGCCUGCAGGAGCCCAGCCCAGGAGGAGGAGCUGGGAGGCUUUUUGCUCUGGAAUCAACAGAAGAGGCUACAGCCGGCAUGGACGCGACGAGUCAAGGGAACAGCGCGUCAGCGCUGUCCAACGACAAGAUCUUUGUGCUGACUCGCGUCUACCUGGCAGCCUUAUCUCUGAGCCUCGUCGGCAGCAGCUCGGUCCUUGCUGUAUCCACCCUCAGGAGGAGAUGCUUCCACAGCCAGCUGCGCCCCCUCUUCCUUCUGUCCCUGGCAGACUUCCUGGCUGCCUUGGUGCUGAUCAUCACGGCUGCCAUCCAGCUCCUUCCAGCCCAGCGCUUUGUCCUGGCUUACGAGUUCUGCCCCUACGGCCUGAUGCUGGCCAUGAUGUUCUACGCGAUCUCCUUCCUGAUGGUCAUUGUCUACGCGUACGAGGUGAACCGCACCAUCCGUGGCUGGAGAGUCACGCACGUGACCGCUCUGCAGGAGAGGCGCAGGUGCACGGAGAGGGCACAGCACUGCCUGCCCUACGUCCUGGCCUGGCUGCUCCCCGCCCUCACGUUCCUGGGCCAGCUGCUGCUGAGAGGCGCGUCGGUGAGAGAGAUCGCUCCCAUGUCCAUCGAACCCGUCCUGCCCCGUACGGCCAACCACUCCCGAGGGGCCGACAGCCUGUACUGCUCCAGCUGCCUGAUCCUCAUCCACCGCUCCCAAGACGUCUGCUAUAAGUACACAGGUGGGAAGGACACUGGCCUGGAGAUGAAAAUCAUCUUCUUCACGUACCUGCUGCUGGUGCUCAGCUGCAGCACAUUCCUCUACUGCAGGGUGAAGCUCUGGUGCAGGAGGAACAGUGAGGUGCGGUUUCUGAACAUGGAGAACGACGGCUUCGCCAGCAGGAACAUCCAGAGCGUGUGCAAAAUUUCUCGCUGCUUCCAGCUGGUUUUCCUGAUCUGCUGGACACCAGCCUUCCUGCUCAGCGUCCUCUCCUUCACCAGCAUCGAGCCCACCUCCCUCUUCGCACUUCAUAUUGCCAUGGCCGUGACCAUGUCCCUCCAAGGGCUCCUGCACAGUUUGGUCUACGGCUGGCUGCGGCAGAACUUCCGCCAGGAGGCGCUGGGGGAGACGCUCCCCUUGAGAUACUACCCCGGCCUCAAAGCCUUCUACGACGAAUCGUUUGGUGUUGAGUGCUAGGAGAGUGCCUGCAUCGAUCUCUGCUGCUCGCUGGGCCCCAAGUCUGCAGCAGCCGAUGGGCAUUUCGUAGGAGCACUACACAGCUUCUCUCCUCACUGGGGGCUGUUCCCCCUGGCCACUGCACCAGGCAAUAAGGAAUCAGCCCUGUACUGACUUUGUGGAAAACAGGGACCGGCACUGAUUUCACCACCCUUCUGGCUCACGAGAAAUAACUUUGCAAACACGGCGUUAGAGCCACACCUGCUCCUGGAAGCAAGCUGGCUGGGGCCGGCAACCCAGGCUGGGAGGGAUGGACAGCCUCCCCCCCCCCCCCCCCCCCCCCCCGUGGGGACCCUGGGGCUGCUGCAGGCCUCUGAGCCAGAAGGGAGCUUGAAGGAUCCGUGGCUCUCACGAGGACAAGGCCAUAGGAUGUAGAGUAGAAGCUCUCUGGAGCAAUUCUCUUGCGCAAUGGAUUGAUUUCAUUUACUGUGGGGCCGAGCGCCCCAGUCAUGGAGCAGGACCCUGUCUGUGCCAGGCACUGUACCCAGCUGUGUGUGUGUUCAUGGCUUGGGAACAGCCUGUAUUAAUUCAAACAACAUGAAAGGAGAUAACGGGGGUGCAGAGACUACUGGCAAUUGAAUUUUAAUUGUGGCUGGCCUGAGGCGGCAGUAGAGCUUGCUUGGCCCUCAAGCCCCGUCUCUAUCCACUUGAGAAUAAAAAACCGUAACCCUUUCUUCCCAAGCU